GCACAAAGCACCAAAGGAGAACAUCCUAUCCACUAAACUUCAAGGAACAGUGAUCCACUGCAAGCUUUGUUACUGUCACUGAGAGUCUCUUCAUUGGCUGUCUGGCACAUCACAUCGUAUCUUCUCUAUUACUUUGGGCAACUUUCAUCUUACCUUGGUCUCACCAUGAGAUCUCACCAUAGAGUUCCGGUUUUCCUAGUGUUGGCAAUGUGCACGGUAGGUGGAUGGUGCGUUCCCCUGGAGAAAACUGUGUCUGUCACCUUCCCUGGAGAUGUCCUCAAGAACAUGACGGAUAUGGAGCUGGCAGAAAGCUACCUGAAGAGGUUUGGCUACAUGAACGUUCAGCACCGCAGUGGUUUCCAGUCUAUGGUGUCCACCUCCAAGGCUCUGAUGAGAAUGCAGAGGCAGAUGGGGUUGGAGGAGACAGGGACGCUGGACAAGUCUACGGUAGCAGCAAUGAAGGCACCUCGCUGUGGGGUCCCUGAUAUACGCUCCUACCAGACCUUUGAAGGGGACCUGAAAUGGGAUCAUCAUGAUGUUACAUACAGGAUCCUGAACUACUCUCCAGACAUGGAAGCUUCUCUGAUAGACGACGCCUUCGCCAGAGCCUUCAAGGUGUGGAGUGAUGUCACCCCUCUCACCUUCACGCGACUCUUCGACGGCACCGCUGACAUCAUGGUGUCAUUUGGAAAAGCAGAUCAUGGAGAUGGCUACCCCUUCGAUGGUAAGGACGGCCUUCUGGCCCACGCCUUCCCCCCUGGUGAGGGCAUACAGGGAGACGCCCACUUUGACGACGACGAAAACUGGACCCUCGGCAAAGGAGCAGCUGUGAAGACUAGCUUUGGCAACGCAGAGGGUGCUCUGUGCCACUUCCCUUUUUCCUUCGAGGGCAAAGAGUACUCCACCUGCACCACAGAGGGGCGCUCUGACAACCUGCCCUGGUGUGCCACCACAGCCGACUACGGCAGAGACAAGAAAUUCGGCUUCUGUCCAAGUGAACUUCUGUACACUUUCGACGGAAACAGCAACGGCAAAGAAUGUGUGUUCCCCUUCGUGUUCCUGGGGGAGACAUAUGAAGGUUGCACGACAGAGGGUCGCAGUGAUGGAUACCGCUGGUGUUCCACCACAGACAACUUUGACAAGGAUAAGAAGUAUGGCUUCUGUCCCAACAGAGAUACGGCUGUGAUUGGUGGAAACUCUGAGGGAGAGCCGUGCCAGUUCCCCUUUGUCUUCCUGGGGAAGAAGUAUGACUCAUGCACCAGCGAGGGACGGGGAGAUGGCAGGCUGUGGUGCGCUACCACCAGCGACUUUGACGCAGACACGAAAUGGGGCUUCUGCCCAGAUAGGGGCUACAGUCUGUUCCUGGUUGCGGCCCACGAGUUUGGUCAUGCCCUGGGUCUGGACCACUCCAACAUCAGAGACGCCCUCAUGUAUCCCAUGUACAGCUACGUGGAAGACUUCUCCCUGCAUGAAGAUGAUGUUGAGGGCAUUCAGUAUCUCUAUGGAUCCAAGACAGGCCCUGACCCCACACCCCCUGGGCCCACCAUCCCUACACCUGGUCCCAGCGACGAGCCUGAGCCCAACACCCCCACUACCACCACUACCAGCCCCACCACUACACACCCUGUGGACCCAUCCCAGGACGCCUGCCAGAUCAACAAGUUCGACGCCAUCACAGAGAUCGAUGGAGACCUGCACUUCUUCAAGGAUGGGCAAUAUUGGAGGUUGUCAAGCAAGACUGACGGUGGACUGAAGGGUCCGUUCUCCAUGUCUGAGAGGUGGCCAGCUCUGCCGGCCGUCAUUGACACGGCCUUUGAGGACCUUGUGACAAAGAAAAUCUACUUCUUCUCAGGCACCAGGUUCUGGGUGUAUACAGGACAGAGUCUCCUGGGACCCCGCAGCAUUGACAAACUGGGUCUGCCCUCUACUGUAGAGAAGGUGGAGGGAGCACUGCAGAGAGGGAAAGGCAAGGUGCUGCUCUUCAGUGGAGAGAACUACUGGAGGCUGGAUGUGAAGGGCCAGAAUAUCGACAAGGGAUAUCCCCGCUUCACAGACAUCGUCUUCGGGGGUGUUCCCAAUGAUGCUCAUGAUGUCUUCCACUUCAAGGGCCACAUCUACUUCUGUCGGGAUCGUUUCUACUGGCGAAUGAACUCUAGGAGACAGGUAGACCGUGUGGGAUACGUGAAGUACGACAUCCUGAAGUGUACCGACUCCUCCAACUUCCGCUACUGAGCUACUUUACCCAUAGAAAUUGACAUACUAGAAUGAGUAUCCCCAUUCAAGUCAGUAUUUCAUGACGGUCUAAGGGGCCAUCUUGGUUCUAGUAUGAAUAUUUCUAUGGCACUGUUUCCGGGCUGAAUAUUUUAAGAACCUUUCCAACAGGAUGUUCAUUCAUAGAGUCCCAGAUUUGUUUGUGCUGUCUUGCCAACGUAUUGCUAUGCCAUUCUCUGUCUCUCCUGAGGCUAUAAAAGGGGAUCUCUGAUGCGAGAAUUAUGCAGAUGAGUGCUUGUGGUACUGUUGGUGUAUGGGGUGCCGUUUGUAAAGUUGAAACGACGCCCCACUUUGUGUGCUUUUUAAGACGGUGAAAUAUUGCCCCCCGUCCAGUUGAUUCAGGUCAAACCAAAUGAUACACAUGUAUGGGCAAUUUCCUUCUAACUGUGUGAGUAAAUGGAUUUAUUGUCCUCUAGUGUAGGGUCUAGAGACAUAACCACUGCCCUGAAAUAACGAUUUCAGCACCAGCAGAUCCGAUUCACAAUCUGUUGGUGCUUUAAGCCUAUCUGCCUGGCGCAGAUAUUUUUUGAUGAGCCAUGAAUUUGUAUGUAUUAUUACCCUCUAGUUUUAUUUUUGUGUUCAACAAUUCAAUGUUGGUUUAUUUGGUGUUAUUUUAUAUUUCUGAACUGGCUCAAAAAGCCAUGCAUUUUGCACUGGAUGUCACGCAAUGGUGUCUCCAUCACGUUUAAGUUAUUUCGUAAGUAAAUCAAUGUUUUGUAUUAGAACUGGAAAUUCAAUAAACAAAUAGCACUUCA